GUUGACAGCGCACAGUGAGGGUUGCGGUCUCGUUCAGUUCGCCGCGCGGCUCCGGCAGUUUCAGUGUCAGUUUCUGCUUCUGAUUCAGACUCGGAUUCAGGUUGGGACCCAUUCUCAGUUCCGAGCAAACUUCGGCGGGGAGCAGAAGGAGCAGAGCGGAGCAGAGGAGCCCGACCAGGAAAUAAAAAUAGACAAAAUACUGAAACAAUAACUCGAGGCGGCGAGCUAGUGUAGAAUUUUUUACAUAUACCAUUUCGGGGUAGCGGAAGCAGGAAGUGGCGGAAUAAUUAAGGACAAAAACGCAAUUUCAAUUAUCGUUAGUGUAAUCUUGAGUGUGAAUUUAAGUGUGAACUGUGAGUGCUUGGUGUACGGCGAUUUUUGCUAGACAAUUUGUUUCUCUGAAUGUGGUGUACUUUUUCCCAUUGCCAAUUAGUUAGUGUCGCUUAAUCAAAUAUAUGUACAUAUAUAGCUAAUUGGACGGUAUAUACAUGUGUUGGUGUGCAAGUAUUUUUGCUAAACUUAUUAAAUUGAUAUUGAAUGUAUACUUUUUGAGUGCUCGUGCAAUUAUUGUAACUUGAAUAGGGGAACUUCGACCGCUUUCCAACGACAAAGGACUAGAAAUCGGAGUCCUUUUCCCGGAAAAGUGCCAGUGUGUGUGGCCAUUGCCUUUGUCCUGCGAAUCAGGGGGUGUGUCCGAGGGGCAGUCGGUGAGUCCUUUUACAUAAGCAGGGGCGGGCUGCAAAUGGGACGGCCACCUGCGGCUACACGGCGGCUACUCAACGCUGGGAUCCCUCGCUUUGUCCGCCGCUGAGUGCUGAGUGCUGCGUGUCCUUGCAACGUGACAGCCCGAUUGUGUGUGAGGAUAUGCAAAGAAGUCCCACAGCCCCACAAUGGCCCACUUAAAACUGGACACCCUCCACGUGCAGCGCAGUCCCCGCGGCUCCCGCAGGAGCAGUCCGAGCAGCGGAAGGAGCAGCGCCUGCAGUUCCGGGAGCAUCUCCCCGGUGCCCAUCAUCCCGAUCAUAGCCAUCAGCCACGAUGGCGACGAGUCAGAGUCCGAGUCGGAAAUCGAAACGGAGCCGGCGCGCCUCUUCCAGCGCCGCAUGUCCACCAAGUGCACCAACAACCUGGCUGCCAUCAUCAAGGAGGGCUUCCUGCUCAAGCACACUUGGUCCUUCCAGCGCUGGCGACGUCGGUACUUUCGUCUCAAGCGAAAUAUGCUAUUCUACGCCAAGGAUGAGAAGUGCGAUGUAUUCGACGAUAUUGACCUAUCGGACUUGUGUUACUUCGAGUGCAGCAUCAAGAACGUAAAUCAUAGUUUUCAGAUAAUCACACCCACUCGAUCUCUGGUGCUUUGCGCCGAGUCCCGCCGCGAAAUGGAGGACUGGCUGGGCAGCCUGAAGACGGCGACGGCGGCGCAGAGGCCGCGUGGGGACAGCUUCCUGAUCGAGCAGCACGACAUACUGUCGAACCACCACCACUGGUACGCCACCUCCCACGCCCGCCCCACCUACUGCAAUGUGUGCCGGGACGCCCUCUCCGGGGUCAUCCACGGACUCAGCUGCGAGGUGUGCAAGUGCAAGGUGCACAAGCGGUGCGCGGCCAAGUCGAUCGCCAACUGCAAGUGGACAACGCUGGCCAGUGUUGGCAAGGACAUCAUCGAGCAGGCGGAUGGCAUUAUCAUGCCUCACCAGUGGAUGGAGGGCAACCUCCCGGUAUCCUCCAUGUGCUCCGUCUGCAAGAAGACCUGCGGAUCGGUGCUGAGACUCCAGGAUUGGAGGUGCCUGUGGUGUCGAGCUACUGUCCACGUGGCCUGUCGUCCCCAGAUGGCGGUGGCCUGUCCCAUCGGACCCGCCAAGUUGUCCGUCGUUCCACCUACCAGUGUCCACUCCAUCAGCACCGACGACGCCUGGGAUGUGGCCAGUCCCAGGGGCAACUUCUCGCCCUUGCUCGUUUUCGUGAACUCCAUCGGGGACAAUCAAGGAGUGAAGUUCCUGCGACGAUUCAAGCAACUGCUGAAUCCGGCCCAGGUCUUCGAUCUCAUCUCGACGGGUCCGAGUCUGGGACUGAGACUCUUCCGGCACUUUGAGAUGUUCCGCAUCCUGGUCUGCUCGGGCGACGGAUCUGUCGGAUGGGUGCUCAGCGAGAUCGAUCGCUUCAACAUGCAUGUGAAAACAAUGUCAGUGGCGGUGAUGCCUUUAGGCACUGGCAACGAUCUGGCCAGGGUUUUGGGCUGGGGAUCCAGCUGCGACGACGACACCCACCUGCCGCAGAUUCUGGAACGCUACGAAUCGGCCAGCACCAAGAUGUUGGAUCGCUGGAGCAUCAUGGUCUUCGAGAAGGCCAUUCCUGUGCCCAAAACGCCCAAGAUGUCGAUCAGCACCGAGCAGGAAGCCAUGCUCACUGGCAUGGUGACAUCGGCCAACCACCAUCUGCGCUUCAUCGUGGAAACCAACGACACCCAGACUCUGAUUAGCUCCACCCGGAAUCUCUGCGACACCAUUGACGAUCUUGUGGUUCGAAUCUCGGAACACCACAAGGAGGACGAACAGCUGGCGGUCAAGUGCGACAUCCUCAAGCAGAAGCUUAACAUGUUGCUGGAUGCUCUGCAGGAGGAGGAGAUCGGCGCCCACAGCGGCGACGUGAUAGCCACCAUCAGGAGUCUCAUUGCGAGAAGUAUUCCGCUGACACCAGGAUCCAGCGCCUCUCUGCUCAACCCAAACAUAUCAAUCGAAAAGACGGAAAAAGACCAGAUCAAUACAAAGGAGCGCAGGAAUAGUCGGUCACUUCGCUCCAGCGAGAAGGAGGCUCUCCAGUGCCGUGCCAACAGCGAACGAGCCAUUUACAAUGUGGUGGAACAUUCGGAACCGGGACGUCCUAAACGCUACCAGCGGAAACUAUCGAUCACUCCGUUCGAGGCCCUGAAGUUACCCACCAACAAUCCGGGAGUCAACGCCCUGCAGCUCCCCUUGCCAAUAAUCCCACCCAUUAAUAUUAUCUCCCCCACUAUGGAAACCUCCCGACUUACCUGCAUUUCUCCGUUGCCCGAUACAAGACGUGAUUCCGUAGACGAGAGCUUCUUCAACAGCAUUAAUCUACCGGCUCCGCGGCAAUUUGCAGAUAGUCGUAGGAGCUCUGGAGUGGAGGUAAUCCAGGAGAUCGAGGAGGGUGCCAAUGGAACCGUAUAUCGAAGGAGUCGCAUCCUGACCGGUGGAGCCAAUAUCGAUGAUUUUGGUAAUCGUUUGUCACCCUGCAGCGAUAUUGGCGAUAACUCGCCCACCGAGCGCAAAGUGGACUUCCUGAGGGUUCCGAUCCACACUGGCGAACCGAUCGUCGACCCCCUUUCCGACUAUCGACCCCACGAGGUCUUCGAGCGUACCUACUACAUGACCCGGGAAAUGGACAAGGACAAGGAAAAGGAGAAGGAGAAAGAAGUGGAGAAUGACAAGGAGAAGGAUAAGUGCGUCGAGAAGGAGAAAGAAGUGGAGAAGGAGGACUGCAUGCCCACCGAGAAGCUGGUUCACACUUGUAACCUGCAGGUACCCGGCGUUGUCGUUACCCCCAACUCCCAAAAUGUUUACACAAGCGCCAGCAUAACAAUCAUAGAUACCGACGCACAGACCACCACUGAACAGUCCUCUUCCGACGAUCUGGGUGGCGAGGCUAGCGAUGUUCUUUCGGCGAUUAGCAAUGAGGAGUGCAGCGUGGCUUCCGAAAUAUUCGAUAAGCAGGACGCAGGACAAACCGUGGGUGAUAUUAUCCAGAACAUGGACGCCAGCAAUUUCACUCACAUUGUCCCGGAGACUAGCGAUGAGACAGAAGCCAUGCCCGGCGAGAGCAUCAUGGACGACAUUAGCUCGGUACUGGGUCACGACAUAACCUAUGCCCUGCAGGACAACACCCUGACCGACGACACCACCACGCUCUGCUCGGAGCACGUGGGCCGCCGAACCUCCGCGCAAAAAGUCCUUGAGCGCCUGAGCCGACCCCAGCCCCAUCCGCGCAGGCGCAACUCCUCUCCACCGAGAAUGGCGCGAUUGGCACGAAUGGAUAGCGAUGAUAAUCCCCAGCAGUUCGGAUUCGAGAAUAUCGUUUUCGAGAUCGACAAUCGCUGCGACGACCAGAAGAUGCGGGAGCCACCGCGCUACUGCAGCCUGGCGCAGUUCGUGGAAGGUAACGAUAUAGCGCGUCAGAGCUUCAAGCAGCUAUUGCUAGAACAACAACGAAGUGGCGACAACGACAAUGACGACCCCGAGGCCCAGCUAACGCCAACGAAUAACGUGGCCAAAUUACCCACCACCAGCGAGGACGAGCUGUCCACGCAGACGGCCAUCAAAAUAGAAAUACAAGACGUUGAUGCCACUGUGCGCAACAUUAACAGCAGCAUGAAGGCCAGUACUAUCAUGGCCACGUCGACAUCGCCCACGAAGAAGUCGGGCCAUGGACAAGAUGUAAAGCGCAUUACUUUUGACGAGUCGUGUAAGAAAGAAUCCUUUGAUGAUGUAAAUCCCAACUAUCCACAGAUAAGUGUUGUUGUGAGGCCGCCAACGCCGUUGCGCGGCGACUCCAUCAAGCCCACGGUCUCGCUCCUGCCGGGCUCCUCCGGCGGAGCCAUGGCCGUGUCCAUGACCUGCUCCGGAAUGCUGGGGGUGCGGGCCAUGAACGCCUCCGAGAUCAGGCGCCACUCGAGCCACGCCCCCGGCCUGACUGUCCGCGAGUUCGACAAGGACAAGGACCGCCGGCACUCUGGCUUUAAUCCCAACCAGUUGACCCUCGAUCCGGAGCACACCCGCUUCCUUAGCAGCUCGCCGGCGGCCAGUCGCAGGAUCAGCUGCGGCAGCCUCUUCAAGAAGAAAAACCAAAAGAUCGCAACGAAGCGCGGCUACGGAUUGUUCAGUGUUCGGUUCUUUGUGGUGGCCGAGCCAGAUAUUCGCCUGGCCACCCUGGCGCUUAUCAGGCCGCUGAUUCCUCUGCCGAACGAAGCCUUCCGAAUCUGCAGACCCUUAAGGGUCCAAGUCGAGUUGUUCAUGGGCUCCACUCUAUUCGGCUUCGAUCACUUGGCUUCGGGAGACAAGGACAAGGAGGAGAGUGGCAAGGACAAGGAGAAAACGCCCACUGAGGAGACCGGUCGCAAGUUGCCCAUCAUCAAUCCCCUGGUGCGACUGCCCAACUGGCCAAACCUUUCCAAUGGCGGUGGUUUCAUAUCCAAAUGUCUUUUGGCCAAUGCCGAUACGCUCUGCGCCGCUGUCAGUCCUCUAAUGGAUCCGGAUGAGACCCUCCUGGCCGGCUACCAUGAGAAGUGCGUGAUGAACAAUUACUUUGGCAUCGGCAUCGAUGCCAAGAUCUUGGACUUCCACAACAAGCGGGAGGAGCAUCCGGAGAAGUGUCGAUCUCGGGCCCGCAACUACAUGUGGUAUGUAUUGGGAUCCAAGCAGCUCCUGCAAAAGACCUGCAAGAAUCUGGAGCAGCGGGUGCAGCUGGAGUGCGAUGGUCAGAAUCCGUUGCCGGAGCUGCAGGGAAUCGUGAUCCUGAACAUACCCAGCUUCAUGGGCGGAACUAAUUUCUGGGGCAGCAGCAAGAAGGAUGAUAUAUUUCUGCCCCCCAGCUUUGAUGAUCGUGUCCUCGAAGUGGUGGCUGUCUUCGGAUCCGUCCAGAUGGCGGCCUCGCGGCUGAUCAAUCUUCAACACCAUCGGAUCGCCCAGUGCCAGAGCGUGCAGAUCAAUACUGGCGACGAGGAGAUACCCAUCCAAGUGGACGGUGAGGCCUGGCUGCAGCCACCGGGAAUGAUCCGCAUCCUGCACAAGAACCGAGUGCAGAUGUUGUGCCGGAACAGGAGCUUGGAGCUAUCGUUGAAGAGCUGGCAGGAGAAGCAGCGCCAGCACAGCAUCUCCAUCCAGGAUGCAUCCUCAACAGCUUCGGAGCACGCCAUCUCCACCGACGAGGUGAUCUCCGAACGCGAGUGCUACGUACUCCUCAACUUUAUCGAGGCCGUUAGCUCGCUGGUCAAGUGGGUCAAGUUCCUGAUCAUUUCGCAUCCGGCUCUGCAACACGAUCUCUACGAGGUGGCCUGUCGGGCCAGUGAGGCCCUGGAGUCCAUCCAUCCGCAGGGCAAGCUGCUCGAAGGUCCUUCGCUACGCACCAAGUUGGUGGAGGUCAUUGACUCGUCGCGACAACUGUAUGACGAUGCCUGCACCCUGCUCCGCGAUCGAGGUCACAGCUUGAUUCUCCGCGAGGAUCUGGAGACGAAGCUCAGCGCGGCUUUGGCCAACAUGGAGAUGGAGCUGAAGAAGUGCUCCGUGCAAAAGUGCAUCGACGGCAAGCUGAGGGCCUACUUCAAUGUUUUGGCGCCCAACGAGGAGUCCGAUGGCCGCCGGAAGUCACGACCCUUCUGGGUGAGACUACUCGGCUCGACCGCCGGCCAGCAGGCGUUUAAGCCACCUUUGACUAACACCCGAGAGGCGGCCAACAACUGGAGCGUGAACGAAGUGGUCACCUGGCUGGAGACGAUGCAGUUGUCCGAGUACGUGGACAGCUUCCUGAAGAACGACAUUCGGGGCAAGGAGCUGCUCACCCUGGGCAGGCGCGACCUCAAGGAUCUGGGCGUGGUCAAGGUGGGCCACGUCAAGCGUAUACUGCAGGCCAUCAAGGAUCUCAGCGAGAACUAGACUUUCCGUUGGGACUCCGAUACCGGCUAGUACAAAAAGAUAGUCUUCGAAUCGCGCUCUUAGAGAUGAAGGGGGAAUAUAUUGAGUUGUAAGCGAUCACUGGGAACGUAAAGUUAUGGGACAAAAAUGCAUACAACAAUCACUAAUUUAUAGGCUAGCUUAGCUAACUUCACAAACGAAAGGGGAACGGAUUGAGCGAAUGAAGAGGAAAACAUUCGAUGGAA